ACUUGUCUAUUCAUUCCUAUAUGUUUUAGUUCAUUAUAUAUCAAAUAUAUUAUCAAUCAUAGCUUGUUCAUUUGAUCAAAUAUAACGUUAACUUGUGCUAGCAACAAGAACAAGGAGUGAUAACGAUGAUGAAGUGGUGGUUGGGUUCAGGGCAGAGCAACAAACACGCAGUUAAGGUGACUCAAUUAAAGCUUCAACUAGGACUUUUUGGAGCCAAAGUUUCCACUACUGUAAACGACAGAUUAGCCAUUGAGAUAACAUGGGUUAAGAAAGAAAAUCAUCAAAAUUCCUCUCCUCCUUCUUGUUCCAUAAUUCCCUUUCAAUUUCAUCAUCGUACCUUAAAACGACCUUGUACUCACACCACGCCCUGUCGUAGAUUCAUCACUUCCGCGAAAACUCCUUCUCUUGUUUGGGAUGAACGCGACCUCUGCGUUUUUGAUCUUGCACUCAGAGAUGUAUGCCACGUGGCAUUUCAUGUCUUAUAUCAUUCCGAGGAUGGUGUAGAAGAAUCAAAAGAUAGAAGGACGGUGGUGGGAAAAGUUUCUAUGACCCUUAACAUGGAGGAGAUGAAGAACGAAUCCAAUAUUCAAAGGAAGCUUCCAAUACGGUUGAAAGUCAAUGGUUUAAUCUUCGAAGCUAACCUUUCGGUUUGUCUAAGGUCAUGUGACUCAGCAAGAACAACCUUUGAAAACACGGUAAAGCCAGAUAAGAAACACGGAAUCAUAGAAAAAGUGAAAUAUUUAACAUGCUUGACAAACAAAAACAAUGGCAUCAACUUUGAUUCUUUCGAAUCAGACGAUUCUCCCGUGUUUGACUCGGACGAUUCAUCGAACGAGUCCACAACAAGCGGUGGCAGUUCAUCUAGCACCAGCCCGAAAGAGCCAAGAAUCACGUUUCUAACCUCAGAGAAAAAGCCAAAUUUCAACACACUCCAUGGAAGUGCAAGUAAAUGGGGAACCAAUUAUAUUUUAAGCAGAGAUUGCCAAACAAAGCUCAAAACAAACGUGUUUUUCGCUUCCUUUGAUCAACGAAGUGAAAAGGCUUCGGGUGAAAGUGCAUGCACGGUUUUAGUUGCGUUAAUAGCUCACUGGCUUCAUUCUAAUCAUGGUAGUAUACCAACAAGAACACAAUUUGACAGCCUCAUCACACAAGGUUCAUCUGAGUGGAGAAAAUUAUGCAAAAGUGAUUAUUACUCGAAGCUCUUUCCAGAUAAACAUUUUGAUUUAGAGACAGUCAUAGAUGCGAAUUUGAGACCUGUAACUGUUCUACCUCAGAAAUCAUACACAGGUUUUUUCUCGCCGGAGAAGUUUCGUUGCUUAGAAGGAGCUAUGUCUUUUGAUGAGAUUUGGAAAGAGAUAGAGAGUAACAAGAUGGAUGAUUUUGAGGAGAGAAUUUACAUAGUUAGUUGGAAUGAUCAUUUCUUUAUUUUGAAGGUAGAGAUUGAUGCUUACUAUAUCAUUGAUUCUUUGGGGGAGAGACUUUUUGAAGGGUGUCAGAGAGCAUUUGUGCUGAAGUUUGAUGAAUCAAGUGUUGUGUAUGGGAAAAGAGAUGAAGUUGGUGGUGUGAAGAGUAGUAAUUCAAGAGGUGAGGAAAGUUUUGAGGUAGUUUGUCGCGGAAAAGAGUGUUGUAAAGAGUUUAUCAAACGGUUUCUUGCUGCGAUAUCAGUUAGACAGUUAGAGAGAGAAGAGAAGAAAUGGAUUGUUUCGAAUCCUAAUCUUCAUCGGCAAUUACAGAUUGAUUUUCAUUUUAGUAUGCGAUUGUAGUUAGGAAAGACGCGAUCACACGUUUAAAGAAUUUUGACAGUUAGGCGAAGAUCGAAUAAUUUGUAUUUUGACUUUAUGAAAUUCGUCUCUAUACUAUAUUUUGAAUUUUUAGUUGUUCAUUUGUUGUUGGACGAUCGAUGAUCUUCGAAUGCGUGAAGUUGGAAAAUUAAAAUCUUUCAGCAUGUAGUCCAGCAGCCACCAUUGAAUAUUUUCCAUUUGUUCAGAGUUUAGAGAAGGGAGACAUUAAAUGUGCAUUGAUUAACUAGUUUGUGUUAGUUCUUGGUGCAAUCUUUACAUGGUGAAUGAUAGUAUGAUGUAUAAACCUGCAUAAAGAGGAACUCUUAAUUACUUUUUUUUCAUCAAAAGUUCCACCAUCAGAAGACAUUCAGUCAUGCAUAAGGAAUUAAGAAGAAUCAUCGGAUGCAAUAAUUUUGAUUUAAUUUUCUUUGAUUUCUUGUAGGUUUUUAAGUAUAUACUUGUAAAAGAAACACUUAGAGAUUUUUCAUUAUAACCUGAUCAAUAUAUAGAAUUGUUAUGAGUCGUUUGAAGCCCAAUAAAAAGAGGUUUGUUAGUGCUCCAAAGAAGGCCAAACAACCGGCUCGAACUGAAGAUAAAUACUUCUGCGCCCGAGAGAUACAUUUUGGACUCAAGAUACAUACGUUUAAUAUUUUUUGCAAUUUUACACCAUCCCUUUUUGGACUCAAGAUACAUUUAUAUUUUUUGCAAUUUUACUCUAUCCCUUUUUGAAUUCGUUAACUGACGUCGAAGUGCUAACUUUGUAGGUUUAUGAAGCAUAAUUCUGGUUCCGAUAUAAAACAGUGACGACUCUGUUGUUUUUUCACGGUAGCAACAUUGAGCAAGGUAUUGUUUGAUCUUGUCAAACGCUUCUUGGUGCUCCUGCCUCCAUUUGAAGACUCCUUGUUUCAACCGCAGAAGGGGAGAGAAGACCACAAAGCCUAAAAAAAAUCUCCUGCCUACACAAAAAAGACACAUUUAAGGGGAUUCAUCUUCAAACCAUAUUUUCUCAUUCUUUCGAAUGAUUGGCGAAG